CUCACCACCUACUUCUAGCAUCAUCUUAUAGCAGCAGGAUGUCUAUCCCAGUCCUGAAAAUCCACACCCAGCUCACGAGCGACCAAGCGUUCAUCCUCUCCCCCCCUGCGCUCAACUUCCUCGUCGCCCUCCAUCGUGCCUUCGAGCCCACGAGGCAGGCGCUCUUAGCUGCACGCAAGACGCGCCAGGCGGAGCUCGAUAACGGGGGAACGCUCACUUUCCUUCCUGAAACUAAGCAUAUCCGCGAUGAGGCUAGCUGGCGUGGCGCCAAACCUGCCCCGGGACUCCAGGACAGGAGGGUCGAGAUCACCGGCCCUCCGGAGCGGAAGAUGGUCGUCAACGCCCUGAAUAGUGGUGCGAAGACGUUCAUGGCUGACUUUGAGGACUCGACCUCACCCACAUUCUCUAACUUGGUCAACGGGCAGGUCAACCUGCGCGAUGCUAUCCGUAGGCAGAUCGACUUCGAACUCGGGGGCAAGCUGUAUGCGCUCGUCCAAAACCCGGCUGUGCUUCUUGUCCGUCCGCGUGGGUGGCACCUGGACGAGCCACGUGUGACGUACGAGGGCUCGCCUCUCUCCGGCUCGCUGUUCGAUUUCGGCCUCUACUUCUUCCACAACGCCGAAGAGCUCGUCAAGCGUGGUGCAGGCCCGUACUUCUAUCUCCCGAAGAUGGAGCAUCAUCUCGAGGCUAGGCUGUGGAAUGACGUCUUCAACUUUUCCCAGGAUUAUAUUCGCAUACCCCGCGGGACUAUCAGGGGAACUGUACUGAUCGAGACUAUUCCGGCUGUGUUCCAGAUGGAGGAGAUCAUCUAUGAGCUCCGGGAGCACUCGGCUGGCCUCAACUGCGGUCGCUGGGACUAUAUCUUCAGCUUCAUCAAGAAAUUCCGCACAAACUCCAAGUUUGUCCUCCCCGACCGCUCGUCCGUCACCAUGACGGUGCCUUUCAUGCAGGCGUAUGUCAACCUCCUCAUCCAGACCUGCCACAAGCGCGGUGUUGCCGCCAUGGGCGGUAUGUCCGCUACUCUUCCCAUCAAGAACGAUAAGGUCGCGAACGACCAAGCCAUGGCCAAGGUGUACGAAGACAAGCUGCGCGAGGUCAAGGCGGGUCACGACGGCACGUGGAUCGCCCAUCCCGCAACUGUGCAGAUCGCAUUGGACGUAUUCAACGAGUACAUGCCCGGCCCGAACCAGUACUACAACUACCGCGCAGACGUCAAGGUCAAGCCCGAGGAACUGAUCAACCCCCAAGUUCCCGGAACCAUCACCCUCGGCGGCGUGCGCGCAAACGUUUCCGCCGCACUGGCAUACUGCGGCGCGUGGGUGUCGGGCAAUGGUUGUGUGCCGAUCGCGAACAUGAUGGAGGACGCGGCGACAGCCGAGAUUGCCCGUAUGCAGCUGUGGCAUUGGGUGCACCAUAAGGCUACGACGGAGGACGGACAGGUCAUCACCGCUGAAUUGGUGGGGAAGAUCAUCGAUGAGGAAGGGGAGAAGGUGCCAGGCGUAAAGGCAGAUCAAGUGGGGAUCGCCAAAGACUACCUCAAGUCGCAGGUGAACGCAAAGCUUGCUAGCGAGUUUUUGACGAGCGACUUGAUGGCCAAGCUCUGAGUGCGCGGAGCGAGGAAAGGGAUGGAAUUGGAUGGAAGGAGAAAAGGUUUGGCAAAAGAGGCGAGCCUUUUGGGCUAAAACUUUCAUGUACCAACAUUGAACUAUGCAAUACAAUUCAC